AUGCGAUGCGCCGACAUUCCAGUCUCGGACGAGACCAAUGGCCGCCCCCCCACCGAGUCCACAUCCGACACGCCAGCUAGCCAAGUGCCGCCGCCAACGUCUCGAGUCCUCACAGCCUGUGUCAGAUGCCGGAAACAAAAGCUCAAGUGUGAUGCUGCUCGUCCCUGCACGCUUUGCAGCCGCUCUGGCAUGAAAUGCGAGCCUCGCGAACCGGCAGCCUCCACAGCGAGGAGAGCCCAGAAGAGGCGGCCUUUGACGCGGCUGGCAAAACCGAAACCGGAGCCGAAAAUCGACAGCCAUCCUCGGCAGGCUGCCGCGGCGGGACAAAGCCCAAGCCCGAGCCUGCAGCGUCGCUCUCCCACCGACGCUUUCCGUUCGCCCCCUGCGUCGCAGCUCCUGCCCGACGGCAACGCAAGCGAGCGGCGGCAGUUUGGCGCCAACAGCUCGGCCGUUGGGUUCGUCGCGCGCAUAUUCGGCACCUCCGCAGCGCCGCAGUCGAGCGACAGUCCCAGCAUCCCGGGCCAGGCUGGCAGAUCGGCGCGCGCCCUGAGUAGUCCCGAUGCCGGCCUCCUGUGGUCGCUGGAAACGAUGGCUUGCCCUUCGCUGGCCAUGAUGGAGGCCCUGCUCGACGCCUACUUUGACCGGAUGCACUGGUUCGUCCUGAUCCUCCAUGAACCGUCCUUCAGGACGUCGGCCCGCGACCUCUUCUCGAGGUCGUCGUGGCACCAAGGCGAGCUCGGUGCCGUGCUGGCGUGCUUGAUGGCGUCCGCGCUUGGUCUGAUGGGUGCGGCUCGCGAUCCGUCGUGGACCGGACACGCGCUGCUGGCCCAGGCAGGACUCGCGGCAGACUCGUUUGCGGCGUCGCUCAUCAGGGAGGUCCGCCUUCAUUUCCUCGACUGCCUCGACGACUGCUGCAUCGAGACGGUGCAAGUCUGCAGCAUGCUGGGCGCCCACUACAUGUUUCACGCCUCGCCGACCCUCGCCUGGAGCCUCUUCGGCUUGGCCGUGCGAACCGCUUACGCCCUCUCGUUGCAUUGUGAUUCCGACACCGGAGCCGGAGCCGGAACCGGAACCGGAACCGGUUCCGACCCAGACCCAGACCCUGACCCCAUCCUCGCCCAAGUCCGUCGACGCAAUUGGAAUCACAUCGCCCUCGCCGAUACGUUUGCCGCCAUGAUCUACGGUCGACCUGCAUCGCUUGACUCGGCCUUUGCUCACGUGCAUCCUCUCAAAGACCUGGAUGACAUGGCCCUCGGACCUACCUUGUCCAAACACCCUCUGCUGGCACCACCUCAUGCAGCCGCGGGCGCUCCGUCGCUCCAGACGUUCCACGUCCUAAAGUUCCGCAUCUACGAAAUCAUUCGGCAGGCGCUGAACCGCUACCGGCUUCUGCGGCUGCAAAGCCCCAUCUCCCCAGAAGACCUCGACGUGCUGGUGAGGACGGUGCAGGAAGUGCGGGCUCUGCUGGACGCGUGGAGAGCGGAUUUGCCCCGCGUGUUUACCUGCGACCCUGACGCCCAGGAGGAAGUCCUGGCCGAGAUCGCCAGCAUCAAGGGUCUCUGCCCCGAAGAAGAGCGGAAACGCCGCCACCUGUCCCUCCAGAUCCUGGGGCUCCGCGUCACCUACUCCAGCGCCGUCAUCUUCAUCCACCGGCCUCUGCUGGAGUACCGAGUGCCAGCCAGCUCGCAGCAAGCCGUGCCGCGCCGGAACCUCGACGCGGCCGCGGAAUCCCUCCGCGCGUCUGUCAAUGCCGCCCUCCACAUGUCCCGCAUACCGGUCAAGCAGCUAGAGGGCCAGUUGAGCAUGCCCUUUGUGCUCCUCAACUUUUUCAACGCCGGCGUGAUACUCUGCAUACCCCCGACCACCUGGCCGCUGAGCUCCGUCGCGCACGAGGCAAAGGCCGGCACCCUUCGCAUCAUCCGAGCCAGCAGAUCCAUGAAGCACGUGGGCCCCAUCGCCGCCUACACGGACCAGCUCCUCACCGGGCUGCUGAAGCAGAGCCUGCAGCAGGAGGUGGACAACGGGCUCCAGCAGGAAGCCCUGGCUGCCGGCGAGUCCCAGCGCAGCCGUCCCGCCUCUCCCGCGAGAGCCCCAGCCACCCAGCAGCACCAGCGGCCCGACCCGACGGCCGGAUCAAACCCUUGCUCCUACGGGCCCGAGGCGCUUUCCUCCGACAGGCAUCGCACGUCCAUCCCGGACCUAUCGCGGAGCUCUCCACCUCAUUUCCCCUCGUCCUCGAAAAGAUUGAGUCCCUCGCCGGCAAUGCGGCAUCUACCCGACGCUGGCGGUGGUCCGCAGGCGAACCAAGUCCUUUUGCAGCACGGCGGGACGGAGGCCUCUGGAGCCGUCGACCUCGGGGCGUCUGCGGACUCGGCUUGGGACCCAAGCGACAGCAAUUAUCAGCCCGCUCGUGGGGAGUUUGACUUGAUAAGGCCGGUCAACACCAUGGGGUAUUACUACUCCGAGCAGAGAGACCAGGUGGACUCUCAGCUGGAUGAAGCGAUCGGCACGUUUGGCCAGAUGUUGUUUAACUUGGUUCCGAAUGAUCCGUAUACCGCUUGGAACUGGGGGACGGGGUGGAUGUAA